AUUCAAUUGAUCAGUUCAUGUUUUGAUUGAAACUUUCCUUUUGAACUUUUCUUUCCAAAGUUAAAACGAAUUUUUUAAUGGACUAACCUUAAGCGAGAUGAAGCUGUGCCUAGUUCUAUUGUGUGAAAUGUGCAGUGUUGUGUAUGCAAGUGCACCCAAUUGUCCGACGGGCACGAUUGAAAGAAUCAGAUUUAAUGCCGAUCCUAUGAUUGUUCGAGACGAAGAAGCGAAAGGCAAUGACAAUGACAAUGAUAAGGACAACGAACAAAUUUAUAUGGAAACAUACAUAAAAGUUGACACCAUCGAAGGAGAAUGCUACACAAAGAUAAUUCAUUUUCAACCGGUUCUUCUGGGCGCAUUUUCUGCUUAUCCAUUUGGGAUACAAAUUCAACCGCAUUCAGAAGACUGCUUGAGUGGAUAUUCCAAUUUCUUUCGGAAUUUUACACUUACAACAUUUGCAGAUGACCCAGAGCUGGUUUUCUGCUCGCCGGGAUGUAUUGAGCACAUCAGAUUCGAGACAGUCUAUGAUGAAAACGAAGAACUGGGUGCUCAGCAAUACACUUAUAUUCAAUUAGAUAUAAAAUUAGUGAUAAAUUCGAUUUUCGGCAACCGUUACUCACGGCGUUCGCCCUAA